GUUCAAGUUAGGGUUUAUGGAUGCAAUUUCGUCCGGAGAAGGCCACGGAAGCUCGUUUCUUAGUUGAAGCUUUAUUGCUCAGCUUCACUUCAGGUUUGGCUAUUCAGCUAUAUCUCGGAUAUCGUGACUCUCCUCGAGGUCAGGAAAUAAUCUUGGGUCACCCUGCAUAUGUGUUCUACUGGUAAGACUGUUACCUUAGAAUGUCAAACAACUUGAUUUCACAUCAGUUGCCAAUUUCAAGCAUGCAAAUGAGUCAGCUGGAUCCCAUUGUGAGCCAAGUUGACUCAUUAGGGAGAGACUCACAGAUUGGACUUGUAGGCCCUGGAUCCAGUAACUCUAUGUCUCAGCAUCAGGAAACACCGGAUAAUUGUGUUGGAUUAUUGAGAGCCAUUCCUGGUGAUCCUGGAUCGCAGGGAUUGUCACUGCCAAUAGUGCAGAGUGGGCAGAUAGAUUCACAUGCACGUAUUCCAGGCAUGCAUCAGCUCAUUGCACCCAUUGAACAAUCUAUGCAAACGGAGAUGAGGCUGAACAGUAUGGGGCCAAAGCAGCUGUCAACAAUGCCCAAGCGAAAGGCGGCUACAGAACCAUUGUCUGUUAGCUCAGUGACAUCUAAUAAGCGUGCUGCUCAAAUGGAUAGACCUUGGUUACAGCAUGUGCCUAAUAAUUCACAUAAAGGUUCUGUGCUGAUGCAUCCUCUGCCAAAUGCCCCUGGGCUGCAGAAUCUGCCAGCAUCUAGUAAGAGAAAAACACAGAUGGAAUCCAGUAAAUUGGGGACACCGCGGUCAACGGAAUCCAGUAAAUUGGGGACACCCAGGUCUUUAAGUUCUAGAAGUCAGAAUGCUCAGGUGCAACAAUCAUCCAAGAGUCAAACUGAAUCAUCAGAAUCAAUUAGGUCCAAGAUGAGGGAGUCAUUAGCUGCUGCUCUGGCCGUGGUUUCUCAGCGCAGUAGACUUCAGGAUGAAAAGAAUAACACAUCAAAUGAGACUGGUAAUUCCCAGAUUAAUCUAGAUAAUAGUUCUCAGUGUUCUUCUUUUGCCAAUGAUGCUGCUCAGGGGCAAACGCAGGAGGUUUCUCGAUCUGUUGAGUCCUAUUCUGCAGUUAUUGAUUCAUUUGACAAUAUAACCAAAGAUCACCCACAGGCUUCUGCCUCCAGUGAAAUUUAUCCUGAAAAAUACAUGCAAAAUGAAAUUGUCACAAAGACGUUGAAUUUUCCCCAUGUGUCAAACUGUGAUAAGCAAGACUUCCAGUCAAGUUACACUUUGACAACUGAUGAUGUUCCCUUCAGUGACACCUUUUUUGUCAAAGAUGAGCUUCUGCAGGGAAAUGGUCUUUCUUGGGUAUUGGACUCUGAUAUGGUGGACAUGUCCAUCGAAGAGGAAAUCCAAACAAAUGAGGACCAGAGAUUGGAAGCUGAUGAUGUAGGCAGUAGUGUUAGGACACAAAUUAUUAACUCACCUGAAUUUUUGGCAUCAGAGAUAGAAUCAGAACUAUUCAAACUAUUUGGAGGUGUGAAUAAGAAGUACAAAGAGAAGGGGAGGUCGCUUUUAUUCAACUUGAAAGACCGUAAUAAUCCUGAAUUGAGAGAAAGGGUUAUGUCUGGUGAGAUUCCCCCUGAGCGCUUAUGUUCCAUGACUGCAGAGGAGCUUGCUUCAAAGGAACUUUCUCAGUGGCGGAUAGCUAAAGCUGAGGAGUUUGCUCAAAUGGUGGUUUUACCUGAUUCAGAUGUUGAUAUUAGGCGAUUGGUCAAGAAAACACAUAAGGGGGAAUUUCAAGUGGAAGUUGAACAUGAAGACAACCUCUCAGUAGAGGUGUCUGGUGGUAAAACAUUGGUUUCUCGAAAUCAGACAGAAAGGAAGGAUGUGGAAGGGCCCCCUUCUAAAGAAAAUGGGAUCAAACAUGAUGUGAGCGCUGAUGCUGGAAAGAGUAAUUUAAAAAAAGAAAAUUUGUUAACUGUUUCUGUUCCUUCCAGUGAUGGGACUGUUACACAAGGGCUUAUUGCGGAUGAUGCAUUAAAGGAUGCAGACUUCCUUCCUCCAAUUGUCUCUCUUGAUGAGUUCAUGGAAUCCCAGCAUUCUAAGUUAUCUGUUGAAAAUUCAGUUGUUGAACCUGGAAAAGUGGCACCAACCGCAGAGAAGGAUCAUCCUGUGGUUGGCACUGUUCCGAAGUCUUCUGAUUUGACCCCAAGAAGUGGUGAUACUGGUAGUGCCCCUAAGAAAUCUGAUCGAGAUCAUAAAGCAUGUUCUAGUGUGGAUGCAGUCCUAGAAAAAGAGGUUGAUGCAAGGAGCAGUCAGAGUCAUGCUGGCGUGAAGCCAAGUGAUGCUCAUCCUGAGAUAAGGUUGACUGCAAACAAGAAAUCUACGUCCACUCUUGUUGAGUUGAAAACGAGUCAGUUUCUUGGUGAAGAGAAAUCUGGUGCCAGUCAAGUGCAUUCCAAGACUGCAGUUUCAACUAUUAUAUCCAAGAGUGAAUUCACUUGGCAGGGCAUGCUUCAGCUGAAUAUUUCGACCACGCAUUCAGUUAUAAGCGUCUUUAAAAGUGGUGAGAAAACUUCUAUGAAAGACUGGCCUGGCUUUCUGGAGAUUAAAGGAAGGGUUAGACUCGAUGCAUUUGAAAAGUUUCUGCAAGAGCUUCCUAUGUCCAGAACUCGAGCCAUCAUGGUUUUGCAUUUUGUUUCCAAGGAGGAGUGUCCCGAAGAUGAGAAACCAAUCCUUCGUGAGGUUGCGGAUUCAUACAUUUUGGACGAGAGAGUGGGUUUUGCUGAGCCUGUGCCUGGAGUUGAACUUUACUUUUGCCCACCUCAUAAAAAAACAGUUGAAAUGCUCAGCAAGAUACUUCCAAUGGAACAAAUUGAGGCAGUUAAUUAUAUUGAUUAUGGCUUAAUUGGUAUUAAUGUAUGGAGAAAGACUCAUUCAACUUCCACAAUAUCACCCACUUCAUCGCACCACAAACAUAGCUCUAAAAAGCAGUAUUUAUCUACAUCUACUAGGAGACAGCAAGAUACAAAUGUAAAUGCCAAUCUCGCCCCUAAAGCAGAGCCCCCUAUGGGCUUUGCAGACACACGGACUGGACCCCCAUCUGAUGAUGAUAUUCCUCCUGGUUUCGGGCCAGCAGCAGCCCGAGACGAGGAUGACCUUCCGGAGUUCAAUUUCUCCGGCCGUUCAGAUCUAUCACACUUGGUCCAAAAACCUUUUAUGCGACCAGUUGCUCCCCCAUUCCACACGAUUAACCAAACAUCACGCCCUGUGGAACAAAUGAGGGAACUUGUACAAAAGUAUGGUCAAAGCCAGGUGAAUGCUGCUUCAGGAAGCUGGCAUGAUAAGUUUGGGGCGACAAUUCAGCCCUGGAAUGACGAGGAUGACGAUAUACCUGAAUGGCAGCCCCAAACGUCCCAGGCUCAGUUCCACCCUCAACAGUCCAUGCACAACCUUCAGCCACGAUCUCAGAUGUUGAAUCAUUCAUAUGGCAUUUCCCAGUCAUUUGUGCAAGCCCCAAUGGGUAUGACGCCAGACCAACCCAAUUCUAGGCCUGCGUUAGUUCCUCCUCCUCAGAGAGGCCACACUUAUUCUCUUGCGCAGGGUCGUUCCUGGCAUCAAAAUGUUCCUAGGAGUAGGGGCUUCUAGUUUCUUAAUGGUCAUUUUAUUUAUUUAACAUUUUGUAUUUGUUCCUUGAUGUAUGUAGCCUUGUAAUCAUAAAUCCUUUCAAGAUGUUCCUGUAGAAUCAGUAGUUUCAUAGCAAACGUAAGAUGAUUACAUGUUUUUCUUUUUAA